AUGCCUGGCUGGCUGAAGCAACUGCGACUGCUCAGUGCGCCACCGCGUUUCCGUGGCAGGGCUUUCAGUUCCUCACCUUGGGCACUUGGCAAACUUCCGACCAAGGAUGAAAGUGUUGUCCUGGGCGCUGUGAGCUACGAUCCAGCCAUAUCAACCAUAUGGGAGAAGAUGAAGGCCUAUCUCAUCUCCGCUGGCUGUCCCUUUGAUUUUGUUCUCUUCACGAACUACGAGCGCCAAGUGGCCGCAUUGAUGGCAGGCCAUGUGGACAUUGCCUGGAAUGGUCCAGUUGCACAUGUGCUUGCUCAACAACAGGCCGGCCCAGAAAAUCUCAUCUCCCUAGGCAUGCGCGACGUGGAUUGCGACUUUGUUUCGGUCUGCGUGGCACGGAAGGACUCCAGCGUGUCGUCUGUCUCUGAGUUGUCCGGAAAAGUUGUGGCGACCGGGGCGCACGAUUCUCCCCAAGCCCACCUUGUACCUUUGUACUGGCUGGGCGAGCUGGGAGUGAAGCCGGCGGAGGUGAAAUCCUUUGAUCUGGAUCUGGGGAAGCAUGGUGACACAGCCAUUGGUGAAGUGAAAGCCAUGGAGGCCCUGUUGGAAGGUCAGGCAGAUGCUGGGCUGCUGUCCAAGAUGAUGUGGGAUCGAGCUGUGGAAGGGCAGCUUCCAAGCAUUGACAAAGCGCAGCUGGAGAAGAAUUUGCAAGUUUUGCCAGAGGCUCCCCCACUCUUCGACCAUUGCCAGUUCGACGUCCUGGCCUCGAACCCAGCCUGGAAGCGGGAGAGCUUUGUGGACGCCAUCUUCAAGAUGGAUAUCCAGAACCCCGCGCACCAAGAGGUGAUGCGCCUGGAGGGCAUUCAACAGAAAUGGAUGCCGCCUCGACAGGAAGGCUAUGCGGUGGUUUCCAAAUCCCUGGCUGCGGUUUCGAAGAGACAUUUCAGUACCUCCACAGGCUCCACCGGAAGGACCAGUGGUUCGCACAGUCACAGGCAGAGGUCGUCUCUGGGGCAUUUGCCGCGUUCACAUCGUGCCUGGAAUGGUGUCCGAAACUUCAGUUCAAAGCCAACUGUUGGAGUGGUAGGAGCUGGUGUGGCUGGUUUGCAGACCAUCAGAUCCUUGCGGGCCAAGGGUUUCGAUGUGAAGGUUUUUGAGCAAGAUGCCCGUGUUGGUGGAGUUUGGCGAGAGAACUAUGUGAAUUUUGGAGUUCAGGUGCCAAAACAGCUCUAUGAAUUCCUGGAUUUCCCCUUCAACCUGCCAUGGGGCCAGUAUCCCACCGGUCCAGAGACCCAGCAAUACAUCGAGGAUUAUGUGGAUCAUUUCCAGUUGAGGGAUGCCAUAGAGACAGGGACACAGGUGGAGAGCGUUUCUCCGAAAGACAGCCGUUGGGUCAUCAAAACGCAGUCGGAUGGCAGCUCCAAGGAGGAAACCUUCGACUAUUGCGUCAUUGCCACUGGCCUCUACAGCAAAACCAAACUCUUCAUGCCGGAGAUACCGAACAAAGAGAAGUUUCAGGGCAAGGUGCUGCAUUCCACCAACUUCCAAGAUGUGAGUCUGGCAGAAGGCAAGCGCGUGGUGGUUGUUGGCAAUGGCAAGUCAGCAGUGGACUGUGCCGUUGAAGCUUCAAAAGCGCCAGGUGCCAAGGUGACCUUGGUGAGUCGGAAAGCGCAUUGGCCGACGCCGCGGAAGAUUGCGGAUCUCAUCCCGUUCCAAUACGUCUUCCUGUCCCGCCUGGGUCAGGCCUUGGUCACCGGUCACAGGGGUGCGCUACCUGGGGCGCCGGCGCAUAUGUCGUGGUGGCACACACUGGGAUGGCCUGUGAUGGCGGGAGCUUUCACAGUGGUGGAGAUGCUGUUUGCCUUACAGUUUCGGAAUAUGAGUGGCAGCACUUCGCCCCUGUUCAAAUGUGAUGUGGUUUCCGAUUUCUAUGGCCACGCCCAAGUCUUGGACUAUUCCUUCCGCGACUUGGUUUCCAAAGGGCAGAUCGAUUGGGUCAUGGCCAGCCCCGAGAGCUACACCUCCAACGGCUUGAAACUGGCAACGGGUGAGACGUUGGAGGCGGAUCUGAUGGUGUUUGCCACCGGCUUCCAAAAGGAUUACAGCUAUUUCCCAGCUGAUCUACAGUCCAAGCUGGGCGUCGAGAGUGAUGGUCUGUAUUUGUGGAGGCACACCUUACACCCACAGGUGCCAGGUCUUGCCUUUGUUGGGAGCGAAUUGGCCACCAUCUCCAAUAUCAGUAGCUAUGGGCUCCAGUCAGCUUGGCUGGGGAAGGUGUGGGCUGGGGACAUUCCCUUGCCCAGCAGCGAGGAGAUGACCAAAGAGAUCCAACAGAUGAGGGACUGGAAGAGGAGUUGGAUGCCCGACACGGCCUCCAGGGCCAGUCUGGUGCUGCUGCAUCAGACCCAUUUCCAUGAUAUCUUGCUGAAGGACAUGAAAAUUCACCACCUGAGGAAAAUGCCCAAUGUCUUGGCGGAAGCUUUCAUGCCGUACCAGCCCCAGGACUACAGCGGCAUCGUGGGAGCGUGA